AUGGGUCGAGUUCAAGAAGAGGGAAGCGGUCUGGUUCAUGGCUUCCAGUUAUCAACAGUUACUGCGUCUAGACCAACAGAGACCAGUACGACCCACGAAACCACCGAUUUAGACCUCGCCAUGAAGCUCCACUACCUAAAGGCGGUUUAUAUAUACUCGGCCGAGACGGCACGUGACUUGACCGUGAUGCACGUGAAAGCGCCCUUGUUUGCAGUGUUCGAGCAGAUCCCUUGGAUCACUGGGAGGUUCAGGCGGCAUGAUUCGGGGCGUCCGUACAUAAAGUGCAACGACUGUGGUACGCGUUUUGUGGAAAGCCAAUGCGAUCUCACCGUGGAGGAGUGGCUCCGUGUACCGGACCGGUCCGUUGAUGAGUCUCUGGUUUAUCAUCAACCAAUUGGACCGGAGUUGGCAUUCUCUCCUUUGAUCUAUAUUCAGAUGACCCGGUUUAAGUGCGGUGGAUUAGCAUUGGGCUUGGGCUGGGCCCAUGUAAUGGGAGAUCCAUCCUCUCUUUCUCAUUUCUUCAAUUUAUGGAGUCGAGUCUUUGCUGGUGAAAAGAUCGAUUGCCCCAAAGCCUCUAAUGGAGAAAAGGGUUUCCAAAACCCGAAUUUGAAGGGCAAAAACCCGGAUUCCAUCAAACGGGUUGACCCGGUCGGAGACCUUUGGGUCGCUCCAAAUAACAAGAAAAUGGCAACAUACUCUUUCAAUCUAACGAUUAAGGAGAUACGAUCACACUUUCCGGCGAACGAAGACGUCUUCGAGAUUCUCUGUGGGAUCAUAUGGAAAUGCAUAGCGAAUGUGAGGAAGGGAGAAUCAGAGACGGUUACGAUUACGAUCAUCAGAUCGGACUCGGACGGCUUGAAACCUAGAUCGGUUAGUAACAGUCAGGUAAUUAGUUCCGUUCAUGUCGAUUUUUCGGUGGCCGAAGCAAAUUUGGAGGAGAUUGUGAAAUCGAUUGGAGAAGCGACCGAUGAGAGGUUUGGGAUUGAUGAGAUUGGAGAGAGCGAUGAUGGUGUUUCGGAUUUCAUCGUCUACGGAGCGAAAUUGACGUUCGUGGAUAUGACCCAAGUGGAUUUCUACGAGGCGAAAAUAAAGGAAAAAUCGCCGAAAUCAGUUUAUUGUAAUGUUCACGGGAUAGGAGACGACGGAGCUGUGGUGGUGCUGCCGGCGGCGAAAGAGGAGGAGAGGUUUGUGACGGUGACGUUGCCGGAGGAAGAGAUGGAGAAAGUUAAAUGGGAACUGAAGAAGUGUGGUUUAAUUACGGCGUUAAUUAACGGAGAGUGA